GCGAAUCACAUUUUCAGUCUAUCGUCAGGCACUUAGUCGAGUGCUUUCCGUGUGUGCUUAUUCUAUUCCAUACUUUCAGCUAGCCUUCACAACGUCACGACGGUCACAAUAUCAUAAAAAAAAUGAUGAAAAGUCUUAAAUUGUAAAGAAAUAGAUAAUUUAAAGUGAAUUAAAUAAUACUGUAGCACAAAACUAACUAAAUCAGAUUUAUUAAUAAAUAAUUAUAAAUAUUUCGGACAAUUAAUAUAAAUAUUGUGAAUUUCUUCGACAAGAACUCCUGAAAACUGAAAAAGUUUGUGUUUUUUAAGUGAUUUAUUUUUCUUGAAAGUUUUACUUAACGUUUUGAAUGUUUUAAAGUGUUUUUUAUAAUUGGAAUGAAAUUAUGCAAAAUCAUUACGAUCCAAAUCGGCAUUCGCCGCGACCAAUGUCCGUUUGGAGUUCCAGCUCCGUUGGCGGCAUAAGCAACCAGAACUUUGGCAAGAAGACUGCAGACUGUUCUAGUCAACAAAGACUUUUUCAAAGGGCACAUAACAAAUACAGAAUGUCCCAAAACGGCGAUGAACUCCACACACCACGUUACCUCUCAUGGCGAAAACUCCACCUAUCCCGAGCAAAAUUGAAGGCCUCCAGUAAAACAUCCGCUCUGCUCAGCGGUUUCGCCAUGGUAGCAAUGGUGGAGCUACAACUACAAAACCCCGACAAGAUUCCUAGCGGUAUUCUGAUUGCAUUCGCCAUCAUCACAACACUACUUGUAGCCGUGCACAUGCUCGCACUGAUGAUCAGCACGUGCAUAUUACCGAACAUCGAGGCCAUUUGCAGCCUGGAUGCAAUCAGCCUUGUCGACGAGAGUCCGCAUGAACGACUCCACUGGUAUAUUGAAACAGCGUGGGCGUUUUCCACACUACUAGGCCUCCUGCUCUUCCUCGCCGAGAUCGCCAUUCUCUGCUGGGUGAAAUUCUGGGAAAUCAACGAGAUUGCCGCAUGGUCGGCGUCUAUUAUUCUCGUGCCAAUUCUCUUCGUGUUUCUCGCGUUCGCGAUCCACUUUUAUCGCUCACUGGUCGCGCAUAAGUACGAAAUGUCGGUGUCGGGUAUUAGAGAGCUCGAGAUGCUCAAGGAGAAGAUUGAGUUAGGUGAUCAUGACCAUCAUCAUUCCCGCGGGAACGGGGAUCUGAUAUCGGGUGUUCACAUUGUGUGAACGUUUUAAUCUUUUGAGGACUUUUAUUAUCGAAAACAAAACAAAAAUGAGAAUCUCAACGCAGAUCUUACAUUAAGUAAUCUUACAUUCUCAUUCCGACUCAAAUGUGAUAUGCUUUCACAUAGUUAUAACAAAAUUUAUAUUAACCAUAUACAUAUAUAGGUUAGGUCGUAGGUAAUUUUGAAACUUUACUUAAUCUGAGAAAGGUACUUAUGUAUUUUACCUUUGAUAUUGAUGGAUCGAAGCUUGUGUUGUCUGCACAGCACAAGAUUCAAACAUGACGAACUGUGAUCUGAAAGAGAGUAAAUGAUGAGCAAUUGAAUAAUAUAUAACCUACAAAUUAUUAGGAACAUUAAAUUUAAGGUUAAGUGAAUAUUAAGUCUUCCUUCCUAUUAUGUUAAAUUUUAAUUAUUCCAUUGCAUAUCAUGCUCGUUUUACAACCGUAUGUUUAUGUUGUGACAGCGUGUGAAACCCCAAAUGACAUUAUUUUCUGUAAUUUGUUUUACUCUUACUUUAUACACUAAACAUGCAACUAUGCGAUAAGACUAUUUCAA